AUGUCUGACUCAGUCACCAUCCGUACCAGAAAGGUCAUUACCAACCCAUUGUUGGCUAGAAAGCAAUUCGUUGUCGACGUCUUACACCCAAACAGAGCCAACGUCUCCAAGGAUGAAUUACGUGAAAAAUUAGCUCAAGUUUACAAGGCUGAAAAGGAUGCUGUUUCCGUUUUCGGUUUCAGAACUCAAUUCGGUGGUUCUAAAUCUACUGGUUUUGGUUUAGUCUACAACUCUGUUGCUGAUGCCAAGAAGUUCGAACCAACUUACAGAUUAGUCAGAUACGGUCUAGCUGAAAAGGUUGAAAAGGCUUCCAGACAACAAAGAAAGCAAAAGAAGAACAGAGACAAGAAGGUCUUCGGUACUGGUAAGAGAAGAGCUAAGAAGAUUGCUCGUCGUAACGCUGAUUAA